AUGGAUCCCGCGAGCAAUGCCCAAUCCCCUAUCAAAAGCCCGCAAACCUUUUCUUUCCCCAUUAUAGCCCUGGCCAUCAUCGGCAUUCUUGCAACGACAUUUUUGCUAAUCAGCUACUACAUAUUCGUGAUCAAGUCCUGUCUGAGCUGGCACCAUUUACGCAUUUUAAGUUCUCCAUCAGCUGUCGAGGGCCGAGGGCUGGACGAGGCCACAAUCCGCUCAAUCCCAAUCUUUGAGUUCAAAAAUCGGCAAAAGGAAGAGUCUUUUUUAAAAAAGCAGUCGUGUGAAUGUGCGGUGUGUUUGAGCGAAUUCCGAGAAGAAGAAAAGCUGAGAGUCAUUCCAAACUGUGCGCAUUUUUUCCACAUAGACUGUAUUGACGUUUGGCUUCAGAACAAUGCAAACUGUCCGCUUUGUAGAACGAGUGUUUCAUCAAAUGUGCAUUUCUCCUUGGAUCGGGCUGUUGAGUUUUUGGGCCGUGAAGAAGAUUACAUGGUGAUUGAGAUCGGGCCCGAAGUAGGCCGUGUGGAUCCAACCGUCCAAGAAAGUUUGAACCCAUACAAGGUUUUUACGGCCAAGAUUUCAGGAAAGAAUUGUAAAAAGGUUUCAAGAAGGGGAGAUGAGUGUAUUGAUAGUAGGCGUAAAGACGAGUCAUUUAUGGUUCAGCCAGCUUUAUUUACCUGUUCAGGAAAUAAUCAAGAGGCGUAA